AUGAUGCUUGCCUUUUCUCAUGAUGAUAUCAGCGGUGACAUUCCAGAAGAAUUGGGCAGAUUGAAGUCUUGUUACACUGAAGCUCUCACAAUUGGGCAGCUUGAAGAGCCUUGUUACACUAGACUUGAGCUCCAACGCUUUCCAAGGUACAAUCCCUCUGGCUCUUUGUCUAUUGACCAAACCAACCUCGCUCAUCUGGAUAUUUCUUAUAAUUUUAUCCAAGGUGAGUUACCUCUUUCACUCAUAAACCCAUCCAAUUCAGUGAUGCUUGACACUUCAAAUAAUCAGUUCAAUGGAAUAAUCUCCUCCAUUUUGGGUCAAUUAAGAUCAACUUAUCUUAAACUUAAUCGGAACCAAAUUGAGGGUUCAAUUCCCUAUGAAAUAGGGAACCUAAUAAACCAAGGUAAUCUAGACCUAAGUGACAACAUGCUUAAUUUGACGGAGCUAUAUCUUGGUAACAGAGGUCAAACCUACAGACAAAAUCAAUUAACUGAUUCCGUUCCUUCAAGUACAGGGAACCUGAAGAAGUUGACAAUUCUUGAUCUCAGUUUUAACGGUCUUGGCGGUAAAAUUCCCUCAGAAGUAGGAAAUAUGAUGCAUUUGUCCCAUUUGGAUCUUGGUCAUAAACGUCUCAGUGGUAACAUUCCCCCUUGUCUCGUAUCCUUGCAACUAAGAGUCGACUUGUUGGUACAAUUUCUUAAAAGGUCAAAUUCCUCAAGGGUUUAG